GAGGGCGCAGUCCUGCAGUCUGAGCCAACCGGGAGGUCCGCUGUACGGGCAGGGAGGCGGGAGCUGCGCGAGACUCUGCUGUGACUGAACAAAGUGUGCGAUGGUGGCCGCGCUCCGGGUGGGAGAGCAGUGCUACGAUUCGCCCCCUUUUCGUUGGUCUUGCUAGUCGUUUCGCCGAGGCUGGUGGUACGUACGCGCGACGAGGAGACGGGUGGCCGGUCGUUGUGUUUGUUUUCGUUCUCUGACUCAAAGAAGAAGAGCAACAAUAACAGCGACGGCGACGACGACGGCGGCGACGACGACACAGUCGUAUUUUGGUUUUAACCGCGCUGAGGGAACAAACCCAAACUUCGUGUCCGUUGGCCGGUCGCCGUCUUAAAAUCUGUUUUGCUUUUAGGUAAGAGCAGAAGUUAGUGAUCCAUUUCGAGGUGUUUAUUUAACACGAAUAAAGUAGGGUUUUUUUUUUAGCUGGUGUAUUUUCAGCCCGGGAACCGUAAAGGCCCGGUCACUGCAGCGCUGUGCAGCUUGCUUCUCUCCAAGGAGCCAGGAAGCAGACGGCCCAUGACUUCUGACCAGGACGCCAAAGUUGUAGCUGAACCACAGGUGCAGCGAGUCCAGGAAGCUAAAGAAAACGCUCAUUUGGAGUGCCCCAAGGUUUCUGAUCUUAACCCCAAUGCAAAAGUGUGGGCAAGUCAUGUGCUUAACUUGGACGGCAGUGGGGCGGCGGACGCCGAUGCUGUAAAGACAUGGAAGGAGCCCCCCAGUAGAGCAGCGGACCCUCGUCCAGCAGCAGGUUUUGACAUGGGGGAGGACGGUUGCACGUGUGAAGAGCAGCUGUCACCGGAGCAGAAGGAGCCACCCCCCCGUGGCUUAACGGACACUACCGACGUUGCCCCUGUCCCAUCCGAGUGCCCGGACUCUGUUUACACGGAGUUCCAGCCUGCUAGUAAUCCAAGCAUUAUGGGCGGGAACCAUCCACACGAUGAAGGCCAGCAGGAGGACCUUUUGGAGCAGCUGAAGAAGACCCUGGAGUUCUGCCUGUCUCGAGAGAACCUGGCCAGCGACAUGUACCUCAUCUCCCAGAUGGACAGUGACCAGUAUGUGCCAAUCAUGACUGUAGCAAACCUGGACCAGGUGAAGAAGCUGAGCGCGGACACCGAUCUGAUCGUUCAGGUUCUAAGGUCUCUGCCUCUGGUCCAAGUGGACGAGAAGGGGGAGAGAGUUCGGCCUAACCAGAACCGCUGCAUCGUCAUCCUCAGAGAAGUCCCAGAGUCAACACCCAUGGAGGAGGUCGAAGCUCUUUUCAAGGGCGAGAACUUGCCCAGAUUCAUCAACUGUGAGUUUGCCUACAACGACAACUGGUUCAUUACCUUCGAGUCAGAAGCUGAUGCCCAGCAGGCAUAUCGUUAUCUACGAGAAGAAGUCAAAACGUUUCAAGGGAAGCCUAUUAAGGCACGGAUAAAAGCGAAGGCGAUCGCCAUCAACACUUUUGUGCCAAAGAAUGGUUACCGACCCGUGGAGGUGAACCCUUACGUCCAGCAGCGCUACACCUCCUUCUACGUGCCUACAGUCUAUGGUCCUCCCCCACACUUCCCUCUCUACAGCCUGAUGACCCCCCAGGCGUGGGCCAGCGCUCACACACCCGGCUUCAUAGACCCCACGCUGGUAACACCGUUCCAUAAUACCGGCUUCAUCAACGGGUUCGCAGCCUCUCAGAGUUUCAAGCCGGCUGCGUCUCCCCUGUCGGUCAGACAGUACUCUCCCAGGAACAGGGCCCACAGCAAGCCGCACUCUCGGCCAACGCUGGGGGGGAUGGACCGCGGCACGGGGCUCCUCGACAGCCCCGCCGUCUUCGGCUUCCCCGGCGAUCACGUCCUAAACGGGGCGCGCGCCCCCUCUGCCCGCUCGCCGAUCCAGAGCCGCACGCGGCUGCAGCCAGGCUUCGGCUACCCACGGCGGGGCAUCGGCACGGGCCGGGUGGAACCCGUCACCGCGGACUACUCCCUGGGCCUGGGCCUGGAGCUGGCCAGGGGCAGGAAAAAUAUCUACGGUUAUAGGAAAAAGAGGGACGACAAGUUUACAAGAGCGACGACUCUGUCGCCCCCACCUCCUCAGAAGCCGCCGUCGCCGAGCUUCGAGCUGGGCCUGUCCAGCUUCCCGCCCCUCCCUGGAGCCGCGGGACACCUCAAGGCUACAGAGACGCUGGAAGGCAGGCUGUCCGACUUGGGGAUCGGCUCCACCAAGGACAAGAUUGUGAACAUCGAUGCCGGUACCAACACUGUCCCGUCUGGCAUUCCCAAAGACCCGCUGGAGGUGCCGGCCCCCUGCCCCCCGCUCAGCUUCCAGGGCUCGCCGCCCUCGCCGCCGCUGCCCCCGCACUCCCCCCACGAGCUGAAGCCGCAGGAGGCGAAGCAGAAGGAAACGCUGCCCCCAGUGGAGAGACUGACUGCCACCCUCACCACGGCCAGCAAGUCUGUCCAAGUGAACGGAGCCGCGACUGAGCUCCGAAAGCCAAGCUACGCUGAAAUUUGCCAGAGGGCGAAAGACACUCAGACACUACAGCCUGCGAGGGAUCCCAGGCCAGACGAGAAGAAGCUCCCCGACGCAGCCAGCGAGAGGGCGGAGCCCAGAUACAAGGAGGGAUGCCCCGCCAGGACGACGCCCAACCGGCCCAGAGACGCCAAGCGACCCGUGGGGUCACGCCCCCCUCUGCCCCCAGCAUCUCAGGGUGGAGACGGAGUCCCGACCAAGACCUCCGCCCCGCCCCCGAAACCUCUGUAAUGAUGCUGACGGUGGGGCAGGGGGGGGGGUGUUUGUGGGGGCAGGAGGCGCUAUUUGAUGUGUCCCUGGGAACAGACAGGCAGACAGGAAGUGUUGCAAGAGUGUGUUACUGUAACGUUUUCCAGACCUUUUCUCUGUUCAGAGGUUAGCGGGAUUCAUCGCUGGGUGCUUUUUUUUCUUUUUUCCUCCUUCUGUAACUGUCCCCCCCCCUUUACCAUCUCCCCUUCCUGUUCAGUCCUGGAGUUGAAAACUGGCACAUCUCGCUGCCCCGCAAAGAGACAGGCCCCAAGGAAAGCAGAGCCUGCGGAGGUUAGUGAGGUGCCAGCAGCGGGCAGGCGGGUCGCUUGAGGGACGCCGGCCCUGGCUGAGCUCACAUGGGCCCUGAUUCCGCGCCAGUUACCGGGGCUUGUCUGGCGUCUCGUACUGUUUUUCUUACUGUUUUAUGUGCAGCUUUGGCAGUGUAGUAGUUCUGGCUGACUUGGGUGAUGAUAUUGUUAUUAUUAUUAUUGUUAUUAUUGCUCAUCAGACCUUUUUGCCAGCUUAAGUCCCCUCAUUCAGAUGCCAGCAGAGGUUUGUUGCACUGGUUGUCUGUGGGAUAACUGAGGGAAGCCCCCUGCUUUGUCAUCGAACGCUGGUUGUUUUUAGAGCACCAUGGGUGUGUCCGCCACGCCCCGCCCCCAUCACAUGCUCAGCAGGUGAGCGCACGUUUGCGUGGUCUCUGAGACUGAUGAUAUCAGGUUCCGUAGAAACCAGCUGCAUUUCCACUCGGCUAGGGCUCUGGCUCUCGGGGAGUGGGCAUCGCUGAGCCGGCAGGUGUUCCUGGAGCCCGAAACACACCUUAGCUCAAUGAUGGUUUUACUCUUCGCUCUUUGAAGGGUUCAUUAACAUACGGUGGUUUUCUUCAGUUGCAGGACCCUAACUUUUAUUUUUAUUUAGAUAUGGUGCUAGUGGUAAUCUCCAGAGAUUACUCCAAUUAGUCUGGUACUGUAUUUAGAAACUUGAUCUAUGUUAACUAAACUUUUGCACUAUUUAAUUUCCGUGGUGAUUUAAUUUCCAUUACAAUUUCAGUAAUUUUUUUUUUUUUUCCCAGCUCAAAAAGGGAUUGACUGGUGAAAUGUUUUCAGGGUGGUUGAUGGCUUGAGGACAUCUUGACCCUAAUGUGCAUCCCAUGUGAGAUACGGUGUCCUGCGAAAGCCAUGUAUCUAACUUAUCUAUUUACCAAUUAAAGCAACCUGUUGACUCUCAAUGCAUAGAUUUGAGACAGGAGGAAGUUGGCGAAAGGGUGCAGCUCUGUUUACCGACGGAGGUCCUGUUGUUGCCCUCUCAGCCUCCAGAAGACUUACACCGGUGUUCUGCUUCCACCUGCCGCAUUAAAGUUCCGUCACUCUGCCUCCUAAUUUCUCGCUUCCACAUCUUAGUUCUGCUGUUAGGAAUCAUUCUGAAGGCAAAUGCAAAUGUAAAGCCCUGACAUUGAGAGUGACUGAUACGUUCUUCAGAAAUGCCGCUUUUACACGCUCAGCUUGUCGACGAGCGUGUAUCUUAUAGGUAAUUGUGGGUUUUCCUGCGCGCCCCGCCCCGCCCCUCUCGCCCGACUCUCAUAGCUCCAUGUUUUGCGGGUUUGCAUAACGAGUGCUUCUCCAUUGACGUUUUGUGCUUGGCAUCACAUUGACGUCUUCCUGAAAUGAGGAAAUCUGCUUUUGGAACAUGAGGACGUCGUCCUAGAGAAUCACAAGUCAUAAUUGUCAUUGUUCAUUGUUCAUUAUUCAUUAUUAUAUUAAUUAUUAUUACUACAACUACUAUUAUUGUGGAAUUCCUUGGGUUGCUAGAGCAUAGAAUUGAAUUAAGUCUGAAGGACUGAAAUGCACUAGGGGGAGCAGCGUAGCUGUGAAUGUGUAUUUGUAUGGUGUUGGUCACUAUCAUACGCCACACGAUUCACAGUCUUUUACUGCUUAUUCCACUGAAUAUAUCAGUUUUUUUUUCUUUUUAAGAUGAAACGAGAAGCGCAUCUAAAUACAUGUAAAACAUAGUUUCCAUCCAGUGUUUUGAAAACUUGAAUUUUAUUUAAACUUGAAAAACUUUGCCUUAACUUUUUUAUAUGAGAGAGCUUAUAGUUCGGUUUUGAACCCCAAACGGGUUUCUGGGAGUGACAUGGAUGCUCUGUGAGGCUCACAAGUCUCACUUGGUCUCAAAAAAAAAAAAAGUACAAAUCUAGCAGCAAAUUACAUUUUUGUAAUAUACAUGAAAAAACAUAUUUGAUUUUUUUUCUGUUUAGUUUCCAAUAUCUAUUUUCAGUUUUUGAGAAAUAAAUCCUGUAAAUGCAAGUAGUUAAUACUGUAUUAAAUAUGUGCACUUGAGUGUGUUUGCUUGUAAAUUUGUAAAUAAUCAGAAAAAUAUGAGGUACCUUAAAGUGAUUAAAAAAUAUAUAUAUUGAUAUUGUUGAAAUAUUAAUGUUGCUCUUCAGCUGGACGUAGAUUAAAACGUAAUGUUUUUUUUUCCCCUUUUGGUUUAUUUGUUUUCGUUUUUCUGGAGGGUGGAGCCGUCUGCCUUCACGUUGUCAUGUGCCCUGAAAGUAUGAUUGUAAUUUUUAAUUGGUGUUGCCAUUCCACAUUGUCAGUUCUCUGCACGCGGAUUGCAGGAAGUACCCCGCUCCCCCAUCAUUGUAACUCUGAGGAUUGUAAUUUCUUUUUUUUCUUCAAUUUUUAUUAUUUUUUUUUAUUGCUAUUAUGAUUUUUUUUUUUUUUUUUUGCACGAGCUGAACUUUUAUUUUUUGGACCUGGGGUCCGUGCCAUACUGGACCUGCAUCGCGAUUGGCAUCUGUACGUCACCGACUACCGGAAAGCACAUCGUUAAAGCACAGCACUCUGAGAUCGUCUCUCCUACCGUCUCCUAGCUUGCGUCCUGACAGCGCACACUGUACCAAACCUGUAACCUCAUGGGAAAGUGAAAGGUAGUGAUGCUGUAAUCGUGUAACCAUAUGCCUGGGGAGAAGGCACGUCGCCCCGUGGCCGCCUGGACGACUGCCCCCUGUCCCUGUGCCAUUCAUUCCUCCACUGCGGCAGCUUGGUGCAUGCACACUUAAAGCUGCCAUGGUUUUGGGUAUCCAUCGUAAUUCCAGCGCUGGAUCAAUGACAAGAGCAGAGCUGCUACCAGGACUAAGGAGGAUGUGAUCGUUGUGUGUGACUGGCAGGUGUCAGGCGGAUGUCACCUCUGCCGACAGUUUGCCUGUCCUAAGAAGUAGAUGUGGAUUUUUUUUCUUUCCCCCCCCCCCUGUUUGGUGCGUGUGGGUGUGUGCGUGUGCCUGUGUAUGUGUAAGAAGGUGAACACUGAAUUCCAUAUUUGUGUUAACUUACAUGCAAAAAGUCACUGACAGAGUUGGGAUACAAGUCAGCAGAAAAAUAAUUACAUUUUUUAUUGGCAAGAAGAUUAAAGAUGUGAUAUUUUUCCAGGAGCAAUUUGCCUUGUAAUGAAGCUGGUCUUGCGCUGGUUUAGUGCUCUCCCAGCGGUGGUCAUGUAGGCCGCGGAAUGGAGGGAGUCGGGUUGGUUUGUGAUUGGCUUAAAGUUCGGGGGCAUGUUUGGACUAUGAUUGGCAGCCUGGAGUCCCUCCCGAUGACACUUGCCACUGGACCACUGGGAUUUUUUUUCCACCUGGUUUCAGCACCAUUCGGCCCAUUAAAGGACCCUUUAAGUCAGUCUUACCGCAGGUCACGGUGCCACAGACGUACCUGCUGGUCCAAACUGCUGUUGACAGUUUCACGCAGAUGGGCUUCCUGUGUGCAGCGUAACAUAGUACACUAACAGCAGUGGACAAUCGACCAAUGGGAGAAGCCGCAGCGGGCUUUUUGGUUUGUGUGUGUUUUUUUUUUUUUUGUUUUUUUUCCUCCCCCCUCACUACCCCUCCUCAUCCACCAACUGGAAUCAAGCAUACAUGUCUUAAGUUUCUUUUGUGUUAUGAUGUAAAUUGUAUAAUUUCGGGGGGGAAAAUGUAGCUUACUGAAAGAAAUAAAGAUUUAGGCACUGUUACCAA